AUUGUCGAUGCAUCCUGCGUCAGAAUACUCGUAAUUGUCGAAGCAUCCUGCGUAAUGGUCGAAGCAUCCUGUGUAAUCGUCGAAGCAUCCUGCGUCAGGGUGCUCGUAAUUGUCGAAGCAUCCUGGGUAAUGGUGGAAGUCAAGGUGCUUGUAACGCUCAGCGUGUCAGUUAUCGUCUUUGCCCCAUCAGCGGCCGUGACCGUAAUAGCGGGUGCCGUGAAGGUAGUUGUGAUAGGAUCCGCGGUGAUGGUGCUCGCGUCAAGCACUGACGUGACGGUGCUCGCAGCCUGAGUAAUGGU